AUGUAUUUUUUAUUUUUUUAUUUUUACAAAUUAUUCAGGUAUGAGCGUGAGGGAGAACCCUCUGAGCUUGCUGCUGUUGAUUUCUUUGUCAGUACGGUUGACCCAUUAAAAGAACCGCCUCUCAUAACGGCAAAUACUGUUCUCUCAAUCCUUGCUGUGGAUUAUCCGGUUGAUAAAGUCUCCUGUUAUGUAUCUGACGAUGGUGCAGCUAUGCUUACUUUCGAGUCUCUUGUUGAAACUGCUGAUUUCGCAAGGAAAUGGGUGCCAUUCUGCAAGAAGUUCUGCAUCGAGCCACGUGCCCCAGAGUUUUACUUCUCGCAGAAGAUUGAUUACUUGAGGGAUAAAAUACAGCCUUCUUUCGUCAAGGAACGUAGGGCGAUGAAAAGGGACUAUGAAGAGUAUAAAGUGCGGAUAAAUGCUUUGGUGGCAAAGGCCCAGAAAACGCCAGAUGACGGCUGGACCAUGGCAGACGGAACACCUUGGCCUGGGAAUAAUACACGUGAUCAUCCUGGCAUGAUUCAGGUGUUUUUGGGGAAUACUGGUGCACAUGACAUUGAGGGAAAUGAGCUUCCUAGGCUUGUUUAUGUCUCUAGAGAAAAGAGGCCUGGCUAUCAACAUCAUAAGAAGGCUGGUGCUGAAAAUGCUUUGAUAAGAGUAUCAGCUGUUUUGACAAAUGCGCCAUUUAUCCUUAACCUUGAUUGUGACCACUAUGUUAACAAUAGCAUGGCAAUCCGUGAGGCAAUGUGUUUCUUGAUGGAUCCUCAAGUAUGUGGAGAUGUAUGUUACGUGCAAUUCCCCCAGAGAUUUGAUGGUAUCGACAAGAGUGAUCGAUAUGCCAACCGCAACACAGUUUUCUUCGAUGUCAACAUGAAAGGAUUAGACGGUAUCCAAGGGCCUGUAUACGUUGGGACAGGUUGUGUCUUUAACAGGCAAGCCCUUUACGGCUAUGGGCCCACAUCCCUCCCGACUCUACCCAAGACUUCAUCAUCAUCAUCAUCUUGCUCAUGGUGCGGCAGUUGCUGUUGUUGCUGUCGUGGCAAGAAGCCCGCCAAAGAAAAAGACCUCUCGGAGCUUUACCGUGAUGCAAAAAGGGAAGAGCUCAAUGCCGCCAUUUUUAACCUUAGGGAGAUUGAAAGUUAUGAUGAGCACGAAAGGUCAUUGCUCAUCUCCCAAAUGAGUUUCGAGAAAACGUUUGGCUUAUCUUCUGUUUUUAUCGAGUCUACGCUUAUGGAGAACGGCGGAAUAGCCGAAUCUGCCAAUCCAUCUACUCUAAUUAACGAAGCAAUCCAUGUCAUCGGCUGUGGGUAUGAGGAAAAGACUGCUUGGGGUAAAGAGAUUGGUUGGAUAUAUGGAUCAGUCACGGAGGACAUUCUGACGGGUUUCAAGAUGCACUGCCGAGGGUGGAGAUCGAUUUACUGCAUGCCUUUGCGGCCCGCAUUCAAAGGGUCAGCUCCAAUCAACUUGUCCGACAGGCUGCACCAGGUUCUCAGGUGGGCCUUGGGCUCCAUCGAGAUCUUCCUCAGCAGACACUGUCCCUUAUGGUACGGUUUCGGAGGCGGCCGCCUCAAAUGGCUCCAGAGGCUCGCGUACAUCAACACUAUCGUUUAUCCUUUCACUUCCCUCCCCCUCGUCGCCUACUGCUUGCUGCCCGCCAUUUGCCUUCUCACCGGGAAAUUCAUCAUCCCAACGUUGUCGAACUUGGCAAGCAUCCUUUUCCUCGGGCUCUUCCUCUCCAUCAUCCUCACAAGUAUCCUCGAGCUCCGGUGGAGCGGUGUUAGCAUCGAGGCCUUGUGGCGAAAUGAGCAGUUCUGGGUAAUCGGCGGGGUCUCGGCCCAUCUGUUUGCCGUUUUCCAAGGCUUCCUCAAGAUGCUCGCCGGAGUCGACACAAACUUCACUGUCACCACCAAGGCUGCCGACGAUGCCGAGUUCGGGGAGCUUUACGUGAUUAAAUGGACAACUGUCCUCAUCCCCCCGACAACUAUUCUCGUCGUCAAUAUCGUGGGCGUGGUUGCGGGAUUUUCCGAUGCCUUAAACAGUGGGUACGAGGCGUGGGGCCCACUUUUCGGAAAGGUAUUCUUUGCUUUAUGGGUCAUUCUCCAUCUCUACCCAUUCCUCAAGGGUCUCAUGGGGCGGCAAAACCGAACCCCGACUGUUGUUGUCUUGUGGUCUGUUCUGCUGGCAUCUGUCUUUUCGCUCGUCUGGGUGAAGAUCGACCCGUUUGUUAGUGACAAUGGUGCAUCGGCUGCUGUGCAGAGCUGCAUCGCGAUCGACUGUUAG